AUGUCGAACUCAUCUCAGUUCUGGACUCACUUUGUUAUCUGGAUCGGAAGGGACCCCACCCCGCUUUCCAGGAUCCGCCAGUAUCUCACAUGGUCGCGGGAUCGCCCCCUUGAGAUCUUUAUUUUGCGGAGGUUCGACCCGUCCUUGGAGGACCUUACGGAGAAGGCUCAGGUGAAAGCCGUCAUUGAAGUGCUCUUGCCUCAUAUCAAGCGAUGGACAAUCCUAUGCAUGAAACUCCUCUACUCCAGCUCACUCCCGGUCCCUCGGAUCGACCUCGUGGGGCGCGCAGAAAAGCUAAAUGCGCUCGUUCUUGACUUCAUGGUCGACGAUUUGGCAGGCAGCACCGGGAUAGUCUCGCCUCCAGUUGGUGACUUCGACACGCUCAUGCUGAAGACCUUGUCCAUGGGUGGGGUCCACUUCCGCGAGGCAUACGUCAAUCAUUUCCCCCAGGCGACCAUGCCACCCAAGCUCGAAACCCUCGCCAUCACCGACUACGACGCGCGCAACGCGAUUUUCCCGCUCGUCGACCUCCUCCAGUGCCUUGUGCACUGUCCGGACUUGUGCAACCUCGAGCUCGACAACCUCCACCUCGACUGUUCCUACGCUGGGCCAGCCAUACCGCCACCCAACGGCGUGAUGCUGACCUGGCAGGCUAACGUUGACUUCGUCGACAUGGACGGUGAUGUGAUCGCGGAGUACGGCCGGUUGCUCCGCUACCCCCUGGUCGACGCUAUAUCGUACACACGGUGCUCGACCCCCACACCCCCAAAUACUGCUUUCUCGGAAGCCUGCUAUAUCACUCUGCAAGAGAUCAACACCGCGACGGCACUCUUCAGCCUCUUCGCGCCCUUUCCGGGCGGCUUUCGAUAUGACGAAGCGACCUUCACAGACUGUGCCGGCCUGACCACGGACGUGCUCCGCAGGCUCGCGGAGACCGUUCCCGACCCUGAGGCGGUCGCUGUAGGCGAGGACGACUACAUCUGGCUCUGCCCGAGGCUCCGCACGCUCAUGAUCUAUGGGUGCGCGCAGUUCCGGAGCGGGGACUUGCGCGCGAUGCUCGAGGCGCGUCGCAGGGCGCACGAAGCGACGGAUUUCGCGCAGUACGGCGAGCCGGAGUUUGAGGUGUCUUCAGUGACACUCGUCGACGUUCGAAAUUGUUGCGAGCUCGCGCCCGAAGACAAGGAGUGGCUCGACACGAAUACCCACUCAACAGCAGCAGCCGUAGCCCGGUGGACGCCCCGCACAGGCAGCUCGCAGCAUACAGUCGGGACGUCGUACGGGCCGCGGCGCACCGCCGCGAGCGACCUCUUCUUCCUCACACGGGCAGAGAAGAGGGUGCUGACCUCCAACGCGACUCGAUACCAGAUAUACGACGACGUCAUGUCAUGUGUGUGUUUGGACACGACGGAGAGACACCCGCCGAGCGAGGUCGUCGUCCUUCAUGCUACACUACGAGACACGAUUUCUCUGUUCGGCAACAGUCUCGAGGCGCGGUGCGGGAAUUGCAAAUCGGAAGGGGGGACAAUACUCUACUACGCCUACGUAGACGUCGAAGGAGUCGUCCUCCGUGAAGACGUCUCCGCGAACAUCCGGGAACUAGCUGAUGAGCACGCGAAGAUCCAGUUCUCCGACGAAGAGGUGCCUGCCGGCAUCGUCGAAGGCGUCUCCGUCAAGCAUUAA